CCCGCCCCGCUCCCCGCCGGGCCGGGCCGGGCCGUGGGGCGGCGGGCAGCCCCGGGGACGGCCGCCGCGUUACCACAACCGAGGCGCGCCCUGCCUGCGUCGCCAAGGCAUCCGCCGCCGCGCCGGGCCCGGCCCACGUUAACAAUCGCGAUUAUAAAAGCGGCGCGAACGCGGGGCCGCCCAGAGCAGCGGGCCCGGGCCGGCGGUACCAGCUUUCGCCCCCCGCCCGCGGAGGGCUCCCGGAGGGACGGGACGGGACGGGGGAACCAUCCCAGCCCAUCCCAUUCCACCCCAACCCCGGGAGCGAGCUGACAUCCGGCCAUGGCCGACGGCUUGAGAAGGCUGGUCGGCGCGGAGAGCGGCCGGGUGCUGCAGGAGAAGCUGGAGAGCUGGUACCGGGACUACGAGAUUAAUUCCUGUGAUCAGAAUCUGAACCGAUGCUGUGAAAUAAUAGAAUUGAACUCUGAGAUUCAAGGGCAGCUCUUCACAAUCCUCAAUGAAACAUCUCGAGAAGGUGGGCAUUAUGCAGGUGUGGAAACAAUAAAAACUCGUCUCCUGCCAUGGCUAGGGACUUGUUUUUCGUGUGCUACUUCAGGAAGGCUCUUCGAAACCAACCUCUCUCUCACUCAGGAUUCAAUUGAGAAAGAGAGGCAGCUGAGAGAGCUGGCCAGCAAUCAGACUUUUCAACUGCAAGAGCUGCAGGAAGAACUGACUUCAACUCGUCUACAGCUCAGCCAUGUGCAACAAGAUCUGGCAAAAACCCAGUUGGCUCUUGAAGACACAAAGACCAAAUCAGCCACUACUCUUUUGGCAGCAGCAGAUGAAAUUGUUCAGCUAAAAGCAGCUCUGAAGACUUCCUGUGCCCAAGAGAAGGACGCCCUGAGGAAGUUAGAUCGUCUGAAUGACUAUGAGCAGCAGAUUCAAAUACUGCGGGAUGAGAUUUCUAUCCUGGAUGCCCAGAAGUCUGUUCUCCAGAGCAGGUUUGUACGGAGCCGGUCUCCUUCCCCAAGGCACAGUGAGAGCAAGUCAUCUAGUCCACUUCCCCUGAGGAGCUGCUCACCUGGCCGAGCCAGGCGUACAAAUGCUUCACGUCGUGCCUGCCUGGUAGCUCGCUUUGGUGACAUUUAUGCUCAAGAACGCUUGGAUGCAGAGACCCUUUUGAGGACAUACAUAAGUGACAUGGAGAUGGUGCAGAGGAUAAUAUACAUUGCAGCUGUGGAGUCUUUUCAUGCAGCAAAGACGGCCUACAGGCAGUUCAAAAUACGUGUAAGAGACACUCUGUCUCUAGGUCACUCGGGGCCCGAGUCACUUGAAGACACUGUCCUGGAUUAUAUAGUUCGCCAUGAGGAUCUGUAUGACGUUCAAGCCAGUGUCAAUGAAGUAAUUCGCUCCAUGAACAUCAACCCAAAGAUUUCAUUUCCACCAGAAAUUGAUUUCAUUGUGAUCAGCACUUUGAUUCGAGAGUUGUGCCGUGUGGCUUUUUCAAUGCAGACACUCGUUCCUCCUCUUGAUGUUGCCUUUGGUACUGAUGGAGAACUUUUCAGUGAGACCAAAUACCAUCGUAGUUUCGACUCUGAUUUCACAGCUGCCUUGGUGGCCUAUCAUGUAUGGCCUGCUCUGAUGGAAAAUGAUGUUGUUAUUGUGAAGGGAGAGGCAGUCACAAAAAGAGGAGCUCUGUGGUCUCGCAGAAGUAGAAGUAGAAGCAGAAGCCGCAGCCGUAGCACCAGUCCUCUUCUAGCUCAUCAUUUGUCUCGAAGCCGCAGUCCUUCACCACUGAGGAGUGGAAGCCCAAGGCGUUAACUGGACAUGUUCCUGUGACUCAGUACAUCCGGAUCCAACAACUUAGCUGGUGCCUUUUCUCUUAAGAAUACCUCAAAUCUUGCAAUAAUGUGAAUGGCAAUUGUCACUCCAAAUGGAGUUCGUGUUCAGUGGGGUUUUUAGAAUUAUAGAAGGCUAAUUUAUAAUUUUAGAAACUACUUCAACCCUUCUGAUUUAAAAAAAAAAAAAGUGCAUGCAAUACAGAAUGAUACUCAUUUGGCAAAAUUUGCAGA